UAACACCAUUUGAUUUUCCCAGAGUCGGUAUUUUUUUAAAAAAAACCUGUAACAUUUAAUUUCAAAGUUUCCGCCCACGUGACUUUCAGUGAAGUCCCUUGAGGCUUCCGAGAACCCACAUCAGCUAAAGGGAGGCGAAGAGCCGCGGGAGAUGCAUUGCUCUGAAGGCCAAGGGGGACGUAGCUGCUGACAGGCGCGGUGAGAGAAGGGGGAGAAAGUGAGCGGCUGGCUCAGAGGACGGGCAAAGGAGAGAAAGUGUCCAGUUUAAAGGAAAAGCGGGCUAAGACUACCAAGGCCUGAAGGAAGAAGGCAAGGGAGUCGACAGGCAGGGGGUGCUGCGAGCCAUGCCCCAUAGCUCUGACAGCAGUGACUCCAGCAGCUUCAGCCAGUCCUCUUCAUCCAGCAAACAGGACUCUUCUGAUGAUAUGAGGAAAGUACAAAGAAGAGAAAAGAAUCGCAUCGCAGCUCAGAAAAGUCGGCAGAGACAGACACAGAAAGCAGAUAACCUGCACUUGGAGAGUGAAGACUUGGAGAGACAGAAUGCUGCUUUGCGGCGAGAAAUCAAACAACUAACAGAUGAACUGAAGCAGUUUUCCACAAUGUUGAAUUCGCAUGAGACUCACUGCUCGAUUCUCCAGACACAACCUCCAGUCCCUUCAGAGGUGCUUUUUGCCCCAAUUGCUUUUCCUCAGAGCCAUAUCAGCUCACCUUGUUUCCAACACUGAUAUCAACACUUGGAUUGGGGGAAAAAAGCUUGGAUUCCAUGCCUAGAACAAUGAGAUGAGGUUUCUGCCUUGGACAGCUCAGAGUAUCCUCAUGUCUCUGUUUAGCAGAAUGAGGAGUCAAGAUGUCUUGGAUCUGGCCUUGGGCAGAUAGCAGGACGUAAAAGAAGAGUUGCUGCAAAGGGCUUGCGUUGGGGAAUGAGGUCCCGAGAACAAGAUAACCACAUAUUUCUGUUAUUUGCACUGAAGUACUGCAAAUUGAUGUGUGUUUUUUUGCAAAAUGUGUAUGCUACUGGCUCUAGGAACAUGACUCAGAAAGUGGCUAAAAGAAAUACAUUACUAAAUAAAAAA